AUGUGUGGCGAAACGUACGGGAGGCUCGAUUUCCUAGACCAUCACUUUGCGUCCCCGGUACAUCAGCAAGCUUACUACCACUGUCUCUGGAGGGCAUGCAGUUGCGGGUUCACCAUUUUGGCAGCCGCGAUAAACCAUCUCGAGACUAAGACCUGUGACUUUAUGAUGUUUGACGCAGUCCAGAACAGUGUCGGUCGGAUGUUUGACCCGCGGGGUAUGGCUUCCUUUUGA